GGACAUAAAAAGCCAUGGAGCAGUACACCACUGCCACCACAACCACUGGGGAGCAAAUUGUUGUGCAGACAGCUAAUGGACAGAUCCAGCCUCAGGUUCAGGGGCAGCCUUUAAUGGUCCAAGUGAGUGGUGGACAGCUCAUCACAUCAUCAGGACAACCCAUCAUGGUUCAGGCCAUGUCAGGGGGACAGGGACAAACCAUAAUGCAGGUCCCUGUGUCAGGAGCUCAGGGACUACAACAGAUCCAGCUUGUGCAGCCGGGACAGAUCCAGUUACAAGGUGGACAGACACUGCAACUCCAGGGUCAGCAGGGCCAGCCUCAGCAGAUCAUCAUUCAGCAGCCCCAGACAGCCAUCACCGCCGGCCAGAACCAGGGGCAGCAGAUCAGUGUUCAGGGCCAGCAAGUGGCGCAAACUGCUGAUGGGCAGACGAUUGUAUACCAGCCUGUCAACACAGAUGGCACUGUACUUCCACAAGGAAUGAUCACAAUUCCUGCAGCCAGUUUAGCAGGAGCCCAAAUCGUACAAGCAGGGGGCGCUAACACCAAUACCACGAACAGCGGCCAAGGCACUGUGACCGUCACCCUGCCCGUCUCCGGCAACAUGGUGAAUGCAGGUGGAAUGGUCAUGGUAAGGCCCGGAGCUGAGAUGGUGCCUGGAGGAGGUGGUGUUCCCACAAUGCAGCGGAUUCCUCUCCCCGGAGCAGAGAUGUUGGAGGAGGAGCCUCUUUAUGUCAAUGCAAAACAGUAUCACCGUAUCCUGAAGCGGAGACAGGCCCGAGCAAAGCUGGAGGCAGAGGGUAAAAUCCCCAAAGAAAGAAGGAAAUAUCUACAUGAAUCUCGACAUCGUCAUGCUAUGCAGCGCAAGCGAGGAGACGGUGGGCGCUUCUUUUCACCUAAGGAAAAAGAGGAAGCUUUAGGACUUUCACAGGACAUGGGUGCAGGAGAUGAAACGGUCUCUCAAAUGAUCAGAGUUUCGUAGCACAGACACGGACACAAAUUCGCCUCCUUCAGUGACUCCCUUCCCCCGUCCACUGUGUACCUUAUGCCCUAACAUCACAGCCUCACCCACAGACCCCCUUUGAUCCUUACCUGGGCUUCCACUCCACUGGCCAAUUAAGUCCCUGGACUGCUCCCAAGAGUAUGUGGAGGACACGUCCACGCUCAGCUUUGAUGGGUUGGGCAUUUAUUAUUUUUGUUUCUAUUUUGGUUUUGAGUUGUAUUGAGACAAAGACAAGAAGUGGUGAGGGUAAAAGCCAUUUCUGUCAAUUUUGGUGUAAACCAUUUUCUCACAUGUAAAUUGCUUCAUUUAUGGUAAGUGCUGCAGCCUUUCUAAGUGUCUUUUAUGUGACUUUUUCGUCAUUGUGGAUCCACCUGGAUUUAUUAAGGACAGAUCUGUUCUAUAUAUUGCACAGAAACUUUUUCCCCCAGCAUGUAUUCAGCAUAGUGCUUUCAGUGGAUACAUUUUUUACUAACUUGUAGAUAAACAUAUUGUUAAUAGCUAAAAAAAAAAGGCAGGUGUUUUAUCACCUAACACAUACUUUUGUGUACUUGCAAAUUAAGUAGUCAGUCCACAGUGUUUUGCUUUUUUGUAAUGUAACUGUAAUUGUAUAAUGUUUUUUAUAAUUAAAAAAGGCUGGAUAUUCCAUUCAUGAAACAUGGAUUAAAUUUUAUUAAGUGA